CACUUUCGACUUGGUUUUGGCCACCUGGGCCACUGAAAAUAUUUGUCAAUCACAAGGAUGCAAUUUUAGCUAAUCUACGCUUGAGAGCUGCCACAGGCGAUAAUUAGUUAUGAGUGACAUACGCACCUACUACUCACGGAAGGCACAAUACCAGUGCUCAUUUCUUGGUCACACCACCACAAAGCUCAAGGGACAAGGCAUGGUCUGUGUUACAAAUCUCCUCCCCCGUCACCACAUCACUCGCGCCGCUAGUCAAAAAAAAAAGAGGUGAUAGUCUGAUAGUUUUGAUGUAGAUAAAUACGGCAAAGGUCGAUCAGUACACAGCAUGCCGCACCCAUGGAUUCAAAUCGUCGAGGGAAAUCCACCAUCUGCCGCCAUCAGUCUGCCUCCAUCCAUCCAACGUUCGCAAAGGCCCUCCGUGGUCAGUGUAGUCGACGACGAGCCCAUGCGUGAGAAAGGUCAAGGAGUCGAGGUGAUUCGCGCCAGGAAGCAUAUCGUCAUCAAUAAAGUCAACUUUCAAUGCAACGCCUUUUCCCAAGCCCAUCCGGCCCGUAUUCCUGGCCAUGUAAAGUACCCUAUGCGAUGCAGUCGCGCUGGUGGGGUGAUUUGUCGAUGGUCCAUGCUUAUGAGCGACGCCGUUCUCUUCGUUGCCAAGGACGUACCGUCUGCGCGUCGGCUGCUCCGUGCGUGGGACCUGGAGUGUAGGGGCCUGCCACCUAUCCACCGUCCAGUAGGAAGCGUCGUAGUCAGGGGCGAAAACAUCGACUUGGAGAGCAUGGCCAGCAUGUUCGUUGGUGAUGAAUUAAACUGCGGUUUCGACGACGUAAAAGUGUCCCAAGGCGUGUAUAAACCCGGAAAGAUUCCUGUUGAUGUACUCUCCCGGAUUCGAGACGUGAGGAGUAAGAGAAGGGAGGAAAAUACACUCUGGGAUUGGUAUACGCUGUUCCGGGUCUCCCGUGGAUGUUUGCAGCAGUUGGCCAGUGCGCCCGAGGCGGCGCCGGGCAUGAACUUGGACGUCAGCUACGUGGCGGCAUUCGACCAAAGCCGGUUGCCCCAACCGCUGAUGCAGAUGAGACCCUGGCUAGAGGAGGCCUGGCGCGAGUGGAUCCAGCAGGCUAUGUCCCUGGACGAUCUUCGACAGAUGAGAUUGCCCAUACUGGCGAAUGCCCUUUCACAAGAUAUGGUGGCCUAUUACGAUGGAUUCUGUGGCCAGACCGUUUUCGGGGAAAUGUAUCAUGAUGCACUGACGAAAGCGCUCUCAUACCAGCGACUCAUGCCGAUGGCCGACGCUAAGGCACUCGUAACCUCAGUGGUCAAGACAACGGUUAGCCAACUACGCCACGCGGACCCAGAAGAACGCCGAAAAUCUCGAACACACUUUCUUCAUCGGCACAGCGCCAGCGUUGCGGGGAGCAGGUCCUCCCGUCUGUGUCUCGUAUGCUUCGUGCAGCCUCCCGAGGUGUUUCUCCCUUGUGAAUGCGCAUUGUGCGAGACGUGCUACCGCGGAUAUGGCAACAGCACGAUGAGUGGGACUGUAAUCACGUUCGAUAGGUGCGUUCUGUGCGCGACGGCGUUUGUUUCUGGAUGUGCCGUCCGUCUCAGACCGCCCACGGCGGGAUGCCGCGUCCUAGCCCUCGAUGGAGGCGGGGUGAAGGGCAUCGUUCAGCUGCGUAUCCUGCAGAUGCUUCAGAAGGUGACCGGACUACCUGUUCAGAUAUUUUUUGACCUGGCCAUCGGGACCAGCGUCGGAGGCAUCAAUGCCUUAUCGAUCGGUGUAUUAGAAUCAUCGCUGGAUACCUGCGAACAGAACUUCAUACAGCUGGCGCGCAGGAUAUUCCCCAAAGCUUCGACAAAGAUAGGGCGGUGGUGCCAGAAACUGUCGCGAUGCAUCCGUUUUGUGUGCAAAGACAGCAUCUACAGCCCUAGCGGGCCGAUCCUAGGUUCUAUCACGGGCGAGGCGAGACUUAGAGGACCGCGAAAGUCGCUCUACAAUCGGAAGCCGUACGAGCAGAUGAAGGUGGCUGUCACGUCCAUCGACUCGAAAACGAGCAUGUCGAAGCUGUUCACCACGUAUGCGGGCCAUGAGAAUCGGCAAGCAGAGUCUGGCAGGCCGAGGCCCCUGCUGGUCCGAGAGGCGGCCGAAAUCACGUCGGCCGCUCCUGUGUACUUUCCGGCCAAACGUCUUGGGUCGUCCACUUCGUCAUACUAUGACGGGCUGGAGAUUCCACUGCUACAUGCGCGGUCCGAAGCGCUACGGCUGUGUCCUCGCAAGACGGUUCCUGAUUACAUCCUCUCGGCAGGCAACGGGGUGAUGAAGGCAGCCCCAAACGGCAUGUCGAACUCACUGUCUCGAUUUGCUCACUUUAGCCUGGAAUCUCUGUGGGGACACCGGCAGUAUCAGAGACUAGGUGGGUCAGCGGGUGAAGCGUUCAAUGAGUUUCGCAUCGACCCCACUCUCGAUAUGGAAGCGGUGGCGCUGGAUGACGCAGAUGCCAUAAGCAAGCUGAUUCGACAGCUGGACCGAGAAUUUCUCGUCAAUCGGGACCUACAUCAGCGUGUGCAACAAGUCUCGCUAGUCAUGAUCGCCUCUCUAUUCUAUUUUUCCUUCGACACGACAACGCGAACGACCAGACGCGGUGAGGUACUAUGCAGAGGGUUCGUCGCUUGUAGGUAUGGGGACGACCCAUCAGUCACGAGAGUGCUCGCGACUCGGUUCAAGGGGCUUUCCCUCGUGGUAGCUGGUAACAAGUAUAAGAUCGCUGCGGACGAGCGGACCGUCGUGAGCUUCACUUUGCCGUCGUUGAGUGUUCCCUUCGAUAUCAGGCUUAAGUACAAUGAUACGUCCUCUUCGAUCUCCGGAUUUCCACAGACUGCCGACGCCUUACUUGACUUACAAGCUCAUAGUGACGGUAGCGUAUGUAUAGACGAGUCAGUGCGGAAGAGGAAGCUCUCUAGGACGGGAGACAUAUCGGCAGGUCGUUCGGAGAAGAAGAGACGGAUGGAUAUGUAAUUAAGUAGUAAAGAAGGAGGGUAUGUGGAGAGGAGACACUUUCUUGUGCAAAUGUCUGCUUUCUUCCUGCCACAACAGCAGAUAUCUAUCAUCAGGAGAUGUGAGAUAUGUUUAUUUGUAUCUGGAUAAUGACUGUCUAAUCUUGAGUGACGUCUAUAGGCACUCAUUCCGGUGAGAUACCGAACUGCUCAAAGUUACGGAGACGGAUGGAUUGAAUCACAUGUUUUAUAUCAGAAUACUAGGCGAAUAGGAAUGCUAGAAUUUGGCAUUUACGGCGAUCCGAAUGUACCACAUUAGUCGUUUGAAUUGUUUCUCCAGCAUGCACAUUCACAGCAGUCAUAACCUAUCCUGGAGUAAAUGUAUAGAACAGCACAUGUAAGCUUUUUCCCUGUGUGGCUUACACCCCAUCAUCAACGUGAAAUGCUCCAUUUCACCUCAUUAUCAGCCGCAGUGAAUAGAAGCAUCC